GCGGCGGCAGAGAAGCGGGCCGGGACCGGCCGGACCAGACCAGAGCGGACCCCGGGGGCGAUGCGGCUGCUGCCCCUGCUGCGGACUGUCCUCUGGGCCGCGCUCCUCAGCUCCCCGCUGCGAGGGGGCUCCGGCCUCCGCCACGCUGUCUACUGGAACUCCAGUAACCCCAGGCUGCUUGGAGGAGACGCCGUGGUGAAGCUGGAGCUCAACGAUUACCUAGACAUCUUCUGCCCGCACUAUGAGGGGCCGGGGCCCCCUGACGGCCCCGAGACGUUCGCUUUAUACAUGGUGGAGCGGCCAGGCUAUGAGGCCUGCCAGGCCCAGGGGCCAGGCGCCUUCAAGCGCUGGGAGUGUGCCCUCCCCUUCGCUCCCUUUGGCCCAGUUCGAUUCUCUGAGAAGAUUCAGCGCUUCACACCCUUCUCCCUCGGCUUUGAGUUCUUGCCUGGAGAGACCUACUAUUACAUCUCGGUACCAACUCCCGAGAGUUCUGGCAAGUGCUUGAGGCUCCAGGUGUCUGUCUGCUGCCAGGAGAGCAAGUCGGAGUCAGCCCAUCCUGUUGGAAGCCCAGGAGAGAGUGGCACGUCAGGGUGGCGAGGGGGAGGUGCUCUCAGCCCCCUCUGUCUCUUGCUGCUGUUCCUGCUGCCAAUUCUGCGCCUCCUGCGAGUUCUCUGAGCCAAGCAGACCCCUCCUGCUACGCCCAGGAGCCAGAGCCCUCCCGAGACUCCCCGGAGGAGGGGCCCCUGCCGCUCGAGCUGGGAGCAGUCAAGCCAGCCAGACCAACGGAAGAGUGAGGGUCUGAGGGGACCCUUCCAGGGGCUGGCCCCUUAUCACAGGCUGAAGGGGAGCUGCAUACAGCCCUGGGCACCCUGGAGCCCAGGCAAACAUAGGGUCUCUGUCAGCUGCUUUGACAUUCUCAUCCUGUCGCCCCCAGAAAGACUGGGACUUGGUGGGAUUGAACCCUUGAGUCUGUUGGGGCCAAGACCGAAGACCUGGGGGCAGGUGGAUUGCCAGACCAGGGCAAGGGAGAAGGCCUGCCCUCUGUGCCCAGGACCCUGUGGGCCUCUUCCCUGGGGCAGCAUCUUCCCCUCCCCAGGGGGUCACUCACUUGUCUUCUAUGAAGACGGACUUGCUAUGAGGUUGAAUAUCAUGCCAGUUUGUAUUUUUAUAAGUGUCCGGACCAAACCCUCAAUAAACCACCCAACUUUCGGUUGCU